AUGAGCGAGCCACUCACCACCCUUGCAAACGGCUUAUUCUCUUUUCUCUGUAGUAAGGCAGUAUGGGAAAACAUGGCACGGAUGUGUGUGAAAACCCGCCGACUGGAUGUGGCACGUGUGUGUCUUGGGAAUAUGGGGAAUGCCAGGGCAGCGAAAGCACUGCGGGAGGCCGAGACGGAGCCUGAGCAAGAAGCCCAGGUGGCAAUGCUGGCCAUUCAGCUGGGCAUGCUGGAAGAAGCAGAAAAGUUGUACAAGAGCUGUCAACGCUAUGACCUGCUGAACAUUUUCUAUCAGGCCUCUGGCCAAUGGCAGCAAGCUUUGGAGACAGCUGAAGUUCACGAUCGCAUCCACCUGCGCACCACCUACUACAAUUAUGCCAAAUACCUCGAGUCCAUGGGCGACAAGAACCUGGCCCUGGCUUAUUAUGAAAAGUCAGACACGCACAGGGUCGAAGUGCCCAGAAUGCUCCAGGAUGACCCGUCAUUGUUAGAGUUCUAUGUCCACAAAACGAAGGACAAGAACAUCUACAAGUGGUGGGCGCAGUACCUGGAAAGUCAGUCAGACAUGGAUUCAGCUCUGCAUUUCUACGACCUGGCUCAGGAUUACCUCUCCCUGGUUCGAGUCUACUGCUACAUGGGGAACAUUCAGGAGGCGUCUCAGAUCGCUAAUGACACAGGUGACAGAGCUGCAUCAUACCACCUGGCCAGGCAUUACGAGGGUCAUGAUGACAUCAAACAAGCUGUCCACUUUUACACUCGAGCUCAGGCCUAUAACAACGCCAUACGACUUUGCAAGGAGAACGGUCUGGAUGACCAGCUAAUGAAUCUAGCUCUGCUCAGUAACUCCGAGGACAUGAUGGAGGCUGCUUGUUACUACGAGGAGAGAAGCACGCACAUGGACCGAGCCGUUGCACUCUACCACAAGGCCGGUUACGUCUCCAAAGCUCUAGAGCUGGCCUUUGCCACAGAGCAGUUCUCUGCACUUCAGCUCAUUGCAGAUGACCUAAAUGAGAACUCUGACCCAGCUCUCCUUGCUCGCUGCUCCGACUUCUUCAUCACACACUCCCAGUAUGAAAAGUCAGUGGAGUUACUGGUCGCAGCCAAGAAGGUACCUGUUCGACACAUUUUCACCUGCAUGUGGAUCUACAUGUAUGAAUAUGUGAUAUUUAUGUUUCCUCACAUGUGCCCCCAGUACAAUCAAGCCCUAGAGUUGUGUUUGGUUCAAAACUUGACGAUCACUGAGGAGCUGGCUGAGAGGAUGACGGUGACUGAUUCAAAAGACUUGUCUGAAGAGGCUCGCAAGGAGCUGCUGGAGAAGAUAGCUGACUGCUGCAUGCGGCAGGGAAACUACCACCUGGCUACCAAAAAAUACACACAGGCAGGAAGCAAACAGAAGGCAAUGAAAGCUCUCCUCAAAUCAGGCGACACAGAGAAAAUUAUUUUCUUUGCCAACGUGUGCCGCCAGAAAGAGCUUUUCAUCAUGGCUGCCAACUAUCUUCAGUCUCUGGACUGGCGUAAAAGCCCAGAAAUCUUGAAGAAUAUCAUUGGUUUUUACACCAAGGGCAGGGCACCAGACCUCCUCGCUGGCUUCUAUGAAGCCUGUGCUCAGGUAGAAAUAGAUGAUUACCAAAACUAUGAAAAGGCGCUGGAUGCACUGACUGAGGCUUUCAAGUGCCUUUCAAAAGUAAAGGACUCCUCAGGUGGUCAACAAGAAGCGAGACUAGUCCACCUGCAGCAUAAGAUUACCCUGAUCAAAAAGUUUGUCCACAUUCGCGGACUGUAUGCGGAGGAUUCAGAUGAGGCGGUGCGGUUGUGUGAAGCUCUGCUGGACGAGCCAGAAUUGGACCCGGCUGUCAGGAUAGGGGAUGCAUUUGGUUUCCUUGUUGAGCAUCACUGUCAGCAAGGCAACUUCCAAGUGGCCUACCAUAAGCUAGAUGAGCUCCAAAAGCUGCUGCCAUCCCAGAAUGUCAAGUUCUACAUUAGCCAGGCGAGCCUAGAGGCCCUGCAGAGAGAGAUGGGCCUACCAGUAGAGCACUCUGGCCGAAGAUCCAGUGUGAAAGAGGAAGACGAAGUGGAGGAGGACUUGAAUAUGUCUUGA